AUGAAAUUGGAGGAGGACGAGGAAGAGUUUCGUAGUUGCUGUGAAGAUGAAGAGGUGUGGAAAGAGAUUGAAGAAAUAGUGAAGGAAGAGCCAAAGGAAGAUCUUGAUGAAUUUUCAGUGAAGAUGUUUUUCAAAGGGAUGUCAAUUGCUGAGGAUGAGGACUCUGGUUCUGGGUUCUCUGGAAUUGGUGUUGUCAUGGAAAGGACUGAACAUGUUCCUGUUAUUCAGGUGCAAAAGAAGCUUGAUUUCUAUGUGGAGGAAUCUGUUGCUGACUAUUUGGCUCUUAUGGAUGGUCUUGCUGAGGCUAUGCAGAAUAAUAUCCGCCGCGUGUAUGCGUUCACCGACUCUGAACUGUUAUACGAUCAGAUAACGAAAGAGGAGAAACUUGAGGUUCCACUUCUGAUAGCACUAAGGCAAAGGAUCCUUGAACAUGCCAGCAACCUGGAAGCUUUCGUUCUGAAACUCAGUCCGAGCUUUGAUCUUGAGAGGCCAUUACGCUUAGCACAGGUAGCAGUUGGGGUUGUUUCUUUUCCGGCCAAUGGGAGUGAAUCCCGUGAUAACUGUUCUAUCUGUUGCGAGGAUAAGAUAUCGCCAAUGAUGAUGACAAUGAAAUGUUCCCAUAAAUUCUGCUCACAUUGUAUGCAGACCUACGUUGAUGGAAAAGUACAGUCAUCUCAAGUACCAAUCAAAUGCCCUCAGUUGGGAUGCAAAUAUUGCAUUUCCAUCAAUGAAUGCAGAUCAUUUCUUCCUCUCACUUCAUAUGAAUCUCUGGAGAAAGCCCUGGCUGAAGCUGAUAUUCUCCUUUCAGAUAGAAUCUACUGUCCGUAUCCAAAUUGUUCUGUCCUGAUUGAUCCUCGAGAACAUUUGUCAGCUAGGGAAAGUUCAUCAAGUCAGUCUGACAAUACCUAUAUUGAAUGCCCUCUUUGUCAAAGGUUUCUCUGUGUGGAAUGUGGCGUUCCUUGGCAUUCUUCCAUGAGCUGUGAAGAGUACCAGAACCUCCCAUUAGAGGAGAGGGAUGCUGCAGACAUUACCUUGCAUCGUUUGGCACAAAAUAAAAGAUGGAGGCGUUGUCAACAGUGCCGCAGGAUGAUUGAGCUUUCUCAAGGCUGCUACCAUAUGACCUGCUGGUGUGGGCAUGAGUUCUGUUAUUCUUGUGGUGCUGAGUACAGGGACGGGCAACAGACCUGUCAAUGUGCCUUUUGGGACGAAGGCAAUUCUGAGGAUUUGAUCACCCAAUCAGUUCAAGAAUCAGAACAAUGGGCUUGGGAGACUUUUAACUCACUACCCAUGCGUAUGGAUGCGUACUCAGAACAAGAGAGAUCACAGCUGGCACUAAUUCAAAGGUUUCUUGCUGGUGGUUUCAGUCUGAGUGACCACCAUCCAUACCAAUCUCCACCCCGCUGUACAGACUCAUACGUAGAUGCCAUAAAGGAUCUCCAUCAGCUUCCUUGGCUUGAGAGGUUUGUCUCUGUAAUAAGUGACAACUACUACGAAGACUACAUCCAAUGA